AAGCAGACCUUAGUUGGGUUAGGUUUAGUCGGACGUAUUGGGUAAUAACAAACCACCCACCUUUUUUUGUGCUGGGAGUCACGAGAGUUCGAAGUUUAACGGAACGGAGUAGAGAAUAAUGCUGCAAGACUUGAAAUGACGGUUUAGGAUUUAUUUUCGGAAAUAUCGCUGGAAGUCGUUAGUAACGUGUUUUGUUAGGCGUAUGCAGAUGCAGUUUGGCUGCGUUAGUGUGUAAGUGUCACAGUGUAAAGGGGAAGUGGGGAAGUCGUGUUGUGUUGAACGGAGACGAGAGAGGAGGCGUUUCCUUUGCCUUGGUUUAAUGUGCCUUAGUUUUCAUAACAGUAUCUUUACACUCCUGAACCCAAGCAAUAGAAUUAGGCGUUUUAGUGAGCUGAAAUUGGUUUAUACAUAUAUUACAUAAUUCUUUGAACUAUUUCAGUUUCAAUUUGACAAUUGAAAACUGAAAAUCAGUAAUCAACAUUAUAUUAAAAAAAAAAAAAAAAAAAAUACAUGGUAAGUUAUAUUACACCCAACUGAUUUGAGCUUAAUGGUUUGCACAGGUCCACUUUGCCAUUCGAAUUGGAUAUUUAGAAAGCACAUAGGACUGUGCUAAUGAAGUGCUAGGCAAGAGACACGCCGACAAUCGCACAUUUGAACUGGAGUUGCAGUGGCUUGGUACAGUAAGUAGUGUUUGGGAGUCGGUGAUUUAGUUUUCAAGAAUGAAGAAGUUCUCCCGUAUGCCAAGGUCAGAGAGUGGUGGACUAGGAGGAGGAUCUGGGUCCGGUUCGGGUUCUGGAGUCAGUAAUUACAUCGGAAGAGUGUUUGGUGUGGGCCGAUACCAAGUCACAGUGGAAGAACUGAUUGCUGAAGGUGGCUUUUCAAUCGUGUUCCUUGCUCGGACCCACAGUGGUGUGCGGUGUGCUUUGAAGCGAAUGUAUGUGAACAAUGUACCUGAUCUAAAUAUCUGCAAACUGGAAAUAGCAAUCAUGAAAGAGCUAUCGGGUCAUAAGAAUGUUGUGGGGUACUUGGACUCUGCCAUUAAUACAGUUGGUGAUAGUGUUUGGGAAGUGCUCAUUCUCAUGGAGUAUUGCAGAGCGGGCCAAGUGGUGAAGCAGAUGAAUCAGAGGUUGCAGACUGGUUUCACAGAGCCAGAAGUCUUGAGGAUAUUUUGUGACACCUGUGAGGCAGUUGCCAGGUUACAUCAGUGCAAAACUCCAAUCAUUCACAGGGAUCUGAAGGUAGAAAAUAUUUUAUUAAAUGACCAUGGCAACUACGUCCUGUGCGACUUUGGCAGUGCCACACAUAAAGUUCUUAACCCACAGAAAGACGGUGUAACAAGCGUGGAGGACGAAAUAAAAAAGUAUACAACACUGUCAUACAGAGCUCCAGAAAUGAUUAAUCUUUAUGGAGGGAAGCCAAUCACCACGAAGGCUGAUAUUUGGGCCCUUGGGUGCCUGUUGUUCAAGCUUUGUUUCUUCUCCCUUCCUUUUGGAGAGAGUCAAGUUGCAAUCUGUGAUGGAACCUUUAUUGUCCCUGACAAUUCCAAAUUCUCCCCUAAAUUGCACUGCCUAAUGCGUUAUAUGCUUGAGCCAGAUGUAGAUAACAGGCCUGAUAUCUACCAAGUCUCCUAUUUUGCUUUUAAGAUGGCUGGUAAAGACUGCCCAAUGCCAAACAUUUCUAACUCUCCUAUCCCCACAACACUUCCAGAGCCCAUGACCAGCAGUGAAGCAGCUGCUAAGAAGAGCAUGACGAAAGCUAGAAUAACUGAAUCCACAGGACCAACAGAAACUUCAAUCGCACCGAGACAAAGACCAAAGGCUGCUUCCAACUCUGCAAACUCAAAUGUACUACCGAUCCAGAACUCUGUAACUCCUGUGAAAAUGACUGUUCCUUCUGGAAAUAUAAGCAACGGACUGAAAGUUGUGACCGGACCUGGAAAUGGCCAGUCAACACCACAAGCUCAAGGGGCUAUCCAGCCACCCAGAGUGCUGCAACAGCUUCAGCAAGGAGACCUCCGCCUUCAGCAACUGCAACAGUUACAUCAGCAGCAACAGCAGCAGCGCCAACAGCAAAUCCACCAGGCUUACUUGCAACAGUAUCAACAAGCAGUUCAACAGUCCUUACAACUCCAGCAGCAACAUAUGCUUCAGCAACAGAUGAUGAUGCAGCCCACGUAUCAACAACAGGCUCAGUAUGCAGCUAUGUUGCAGCAGUACCAACAAGCAUUUGCACAUCAGCAGCAACAGCAGCAAGCACAGCCUCUCACCUCUCCACAGGAGUUCCACACACCUUUAGGCACAUUUGCUCCAGCAAUGCCAACUCCUGUUGGGACAAUAGUUGUUCCAUCAGUCAAUAACGCAAGAGCUACCAUGCUGGACCCUGAAGGUGUAGUGGGUGUCCCAUUUCAAAAUAUCAGUAACCCACCAGACAUGUCAGGCUGGAACCCCUUCAGAGAAGACAAUUUCUCCAAGCUGAGUGAAGAUGAGCUGCUGGACAGGGAGUUUGACCUCCUCCGAGCAAAGAAACCUGACGAAAGGGCAGCAUGUCUAGAUGCCAGUGUAGAGACUCGCCAGUCUUCACAGAAGCCUCUCCUGGAGGACCUCUUUGGCUCUGUACCCUUUGUUUCCAAUCCAGGUUCCAGUGUGAAGAAUCCUGAGCACUCAACUAAAGACUCAAGCACCUCAGUAAAAGCUGAAAGGCAGACACAGCACUCGAAAGAGCAUAAAGGAGGAAAAAGAAGUUGCCCAUCUGGGGAGCAGACACAUAAAGGUGGGGAAGAGACAGACAGCGACUUCGAGUCAGACCCCCCUUCUCCAAAGAGCAGUGAGGAAGAUGAGCAGGAGUAUGAGGAAGCACUGAACAGUGAGCACGGCGAGUUUAAUGAAGACAACGAUACAGAGCCCGAGAACCUGGGACAGCGGCCCCUGCUGAUGGACUCUGAGGAGGAGGUGGAGGAAGAGGAGAAGCACAGCUCCGACUCUGACUACGAGCAGAGGAAGGGAAUGUUUCAGGUUGUGGGUCCAGUGGCAGAGAAGCUUGGAGACGAAGCAGAGUGUGUGAUGAGUGGAGAGUCUGCAGCUACCCUCAUCACUCCCCCAAACUCCCCCGGUGUGGGGGCAACUGCAUCUUCACAGAGAGAGGUGGAUGUGUUUGGGGCUGUACCUUUCUUCGGAACUAGCCAGCAAAGAAGUGCGACUGAAAAUGUAGACAUCUUUGCCCAGGCACCAUUCAAUUUGGUCACCCAAGAUCAGGGCAUGGAUGAGUUUGAUGUGUUCAGCAAAGCUCCAUUCAGUAGAAAUUUAUCUAAAACUGGCAAACAAGGAGAGGAUUCAAUGGCCCAGACACCACCAGUUUCGCCGGACAGUGUGGAUGUAUUUGGCUGUACCCCUUUUCAGCCCACUGAAAUCGGGCCAGUUUUUGGUAGCAAGGAGGACAUUUUUGGACAGGUUCCCUUUGAUGAAGUCUCUACCGCUCAGCAGCUGAAGAUGAAACAGCGGAGUCUUCAAAAACUGUCUUCGAGACAGAGGCGCACAAAGCAGGAAAACGCAAGUGGCAAUGGUAAACGGCACCACGGCACUCCUACCAGUGGGAGGAAGACCUCAAAAUCGAACUUCCGCACCCCAGAGCGAGUCCGCAGGCACAAGAAAGUAGGCAGGAGGGAUUCACAGAGCAGCAAUGAGUUUCACAGCACAUCGGACUCUAAGGAGAAUAUCAGUGUCACACUAAGCGACGGAAAAGACAAAGGGUCACCCAUGCCUACAGAAGAGACAAUAUUGGAUCCAUUUGGUGCAAAGCCAUUCCAUCCACAAGAACUAGUAAGGCACCCCCAGCACCAAGGGCUGGGUGAUAACAGAAGUGAUCUCAACACAAACAGUGGGAGGCCUAGAACCAGUUCACUACACGGAGCAUUUCAUGGCGGAGAUGGUCUUAAAACGGAUGACUUCGGGGCUGUACCCUUCACAGAAAUGGUAGUACACAGUGUGAUGCAACAACCUCCACAGGUGGAGCUAGAUCCCUUUGGAGCAGCACCUUUCCCCUCCAAACAGUGAAUGUGUAGUCUUCCAGUGCAGCAAGUCCAUGUCUGCAUUUUGCAAAGCCUACUAAUCCUUAUUGAAUGGAUCCUAUAGGACUGAAGCUUCGCAGUGUUGUAGUUCUUUGCAGCCAACUCCAAUAACGUUGGUGGAGACAAGCAGCAUUAAAGGUGGUUGAAAAAUGCCAUAUUUUAAUACAUAACUGAGUUGUGAGUAAACCCUGUGGAAUAUAGAUAAUUAGGUUCUAUAUGCAUUUUUAAGUGUGGAGCAUAACCCCAGCUGACAAGCCUUUAUGCUGCAUCUUUUUGAAAGAGUGUUUGAUUACCAGGGCUGCACUGUAUGUAUGAACUUGCAUUUUAGAUUUAUAACUAGUUUCCUUUAGUUUAAAGGAAAUGUAUGCAUUGUUUGACUGAAAUCUUACUGUGAUAGUGAUUGGCUGCAAAGCUCUACUUGUGGGUAGAUGCUUCUAACUUGAUCUUUACCACACACAGCAAAGCCUUAUGGGCAGAAAGCAGCCCUGAUGCACAGUACCUCUGAGCCAAUACACAAAGGCUGUUUUUUUUUUUUUUGUUUUUUUUAAUACAAACUUUUCUGGCAUGCCUUUUAAAUUCUAUUUCACGUCAUUAACGAGAUUCUUAUUAAACUUCAUAAACUUAGAUUUUUUUAAAUAUAUGUAUUUUUUUAAUGUCCACACAUUUUUUAAAAUAUAAGAGGCAUACAAUUGCAGUGAGAACCAAAAAAGCUCACUUCCUUUUUUUUUUCCUUAACAUCAGAUAAAAGGGACAAAAUUCUGUCGCCAAUAACUUUUUAUGAGAGUUUUUUGAGACGCUUGUAUUUGAACGGAGUAUUAUUAUUAAUAUCCCAUCAGAUUGGAAAAUGUUUGUGUACUGAAUACCCAAUGGAUUUUCAUGAUUUCUGCUGUGAUCCAGUAGAACCACUUUUCAGUGGCUCUUAGUAUUCCUGAACUAAACAAUUUUGAAGGUGUCAAAUUAUUUAGGUGAUUGUAUCGAAGGAUAAACAUACUACCAACCACAUCAAGAUAACCAGAAUAAGGUUUAUAAUAAAUUAGAAUUUAAAUUAUUGGUAACUGUUCAAAAAGGGAAUCUAAAUAUUGAACAGUUGUACACACUUUUAGAAUAAGAAAUGUUGGUUUUAAAUGAGAUGUAGUCCCAUUUAUUAUUAUUAUUUUUAAACUGCUAGUAUGCAAAACAAGUCCACUUCUAUCAGUUUUUCAUACUUGAAGGUAGACCUAAUAACAUUGUUUUGCACCUUCAUUAACUGAACUGGGGUUUGCAUUAAAGGAAAAUCUUAGUAUUUAAUCAUUAAAUGUACAUUAUUAUUAUUUGUAUUGUUGUUAUUAAUAUUAUAAAAUAAUAAAGCAUUUUUUUUUUUACCAAUACAGCUUUGGCCAAAAGUUUUGCAACACCUAGAAUGUUAGGAUUGAGAUAUAAAAUAGAUAGAUAGAUAGAUAUAACAUAAUUUAGGUGUUUUAUUUAACCAUGUAAUAAAAUAAACUAGAAAAUGAUAUUGCAAAAAUCUACAAAGCGGUAUGUAAUAUUUAAUAUUCAGUAUGCUAACGUAACAUUAUUCAGCAGGUUUCAUUCGGCUUUAUGAAACAAAACGGGUUAAUUCUGUAGGGUGAUGCAAAACAUUUGGCCAUAGCUGUAGAACAACGUUGAAUUCAAUACUUUUAAGAGACAGAACUUUCCAUCUUUUAAGUUACUAUUUUAAUAUGUUUAAUCAUUCUCUUUGGUUGUAUUUAUCAUGAUGUUCUGCUGUCUAAUGCAAUAAAAACAUUGGAUUCAGGAGUCGUAA